UAGGAUAAUGCUCUGAAGUGUCUCCGCGAGAGUUGCAUUCAUUAGUGCUCGUAGUCUACGCGUGACCGAUCUCGUAAUACCGUCGCCUUCUUAAGGAUUUUGCGGCUUCUACUCGGUCAUCAUCACGUCUCCUGGCUCCACGUGCGUCCUAGCCUCGUGUCUUUAGUUCCCCGAGUCAUCUGACCUCGCCAUGUAUCGCACGCAGUGGUCGCGGAGGGUAUCGUCCCGGCGCGGAGCGGGUGCGCCGGUAUACGUCUACGUCAUGGCGCUGCAGGCGCUGCAUCAAUUUUUCCAGCAGCCGUACUCCCCGCCGGUCACCCUCGCGCUCAUCGCGCUAAUGGCGGGAAUCCACUUUCGGCCCGCGGGUUUUCUCGAGGACGGCCUUCCGCACGUGUCAGAGAUCUGCAUGAAUCCCGCUCUUGUCGUCCAGGAGCGCAACUGGCGGCGGUUGCUGCUGAGCGUGCUGUUCCACGCGGAUGACGCGCAUCUGAUCUUCAACAUGGUCUCGUUCCUCUGGAAGGGCGUCCACCUCGAGCGCCGCCAUGGCUCUCCUCGCUUCGCCGCCCUCGUCGCCGCCUUCGCGCUGUUCUCUCAAGCCCUGCACGUAGCUGCUGCGCGCCUGCUGUCAGACGUGCUCGCCGUCCACACGCCCUUCUACAUAGAAUGUUCCGUGGGGUUCUCAGGAGUCCUCUUCGCUCUUAAGACCGUCAUGAACGCUGAUUCGCCCACCCACUCGUCCGUGUACGGUUUCGUCCUGCCAACCAAGUAUGCAGCAUGGGCAGAGCUGCUGCUGAUCCAGCUGCUGGUGCCGGAGGCCUCUUUCCUCGGCCAUCUGUGCGGGAUCCUAGCUGGGCUCAUCUACCUCCAUGGGCCUUCCUUCCUGCCCUCCUCGUUUCGCUCCUCCGCCGUCCUCUCUGCACUUGCUGCUCCGCUGCUCACUCUCUUCCCGUUCCUGCGCAACCCCCGAGGGCGAAUCUGGGGGUCGGGGCAGUCAGGGCGGGCUGGCAUCGGGGGGCCAGCUGCAGUGGUGGGCAGGGGGCGGAGGGCAGGAUUGGGAGGAAGAGAAGGGCCUAGCAGGGAAGGGUCAGCAGCAGCAGGUGCUGGAGGAGUGUGGAGGUGCCCCGCAUGCACUUAUGAUAAUCCAUGGCAGGCUGUUCGCUGUACCAUGUGCGAGGGACCACGGCCAGAGGGGGCGAGGGAGACGGGAGGAGGGUGGAUGCAUGGUGGGCGUGGAGGGGACACCACUGUUUCGGCCCCUAUGUUUCCAGAGGUGGAGGAAGAGGGGCAGGGUAGUGGAAGGGAGCCCCAGCAACCACAGCAUCCCCGAUGGAGGCAAGGGCAGCUCAAUGCAGAUGAGCUUAGAGAGUUGAGACUGCAAAGAUUUGGGAAUAGAUGAGUAGUGAAGCUCGCAUUAAGUUACAGCUGAUGGAUUCUUGUGUACUGGUAUGAAAAUGAAACUGCAGCCACUAU